ACAACGAGCCAGUUCCCUACAUUGAUAAUAAAGGGCCAGAAAAGCAGAUAAUACUCCUGGGUGAUUACAUAGUAAACAGAUAUUACAGUCUUCUUUCUGGCCCAGGACUAUUGGAGAAAAUGGUGGUUCCAUGGUGAAGCACCAAAACAUGUCUCCCAACCAUCUUAUGACACCAAGAGUGUCCAGCGGAGUGACUUCCAGAAGCCAGCAUGCUCACUGGUUUUGCCAGUCAAACACAGCCAGAUGCAAAAGCCUUCUUGUGGAAUAGUGUAUGUCUCAGGGAUCAAAUUAAUGCCAUCAUGCUCUGCAUUCCACUUACCAGUCUGGAUGUAUCAGGAGAACAUGAGAACAAUUUUGUAGAAUACAUCUCUUUUAUACAUCAAUAUGAUGCCAGGAGAACUCCCAAUGAACCCAUCCGAGGAAAGAGACACGGAACCUUCGUGCAGAGAGAGAUAAAUCCAGGGACUACGCCAAUAGUUCCUAAGGCACUGGAGGGAUUAUUGAACACUCUAGAGUCAGGUUCAUCAGAACAGCCCAAAAAACAGACAGAGGAAAUUCAUCAGGAGACAAAGUGACCUCACCAGGCCUGUGCUGACAGAAUUCCCAAGAGUUGCUGGAGACUUAGAACAGCUUAUCAGAACCAGAAGGCAGCCCAGCGCAGCAGACCCACAAGCCUGGGUAUGGGAGAUGACUGGAAGAGUGUUGUUCUCAACUGUAGGGCAAGCUCUUCUCACCAGGUGCGGGCCUUUAAACCACUAAUAAAAAAGUCAGGGUAAGUGAGGAUGAACUUUGGUGUUUAAGGCUGCAAUCCUGGGAAUGUAUAGGCAGAGUUCCUCUGUCUUUUAGAUGCUUGGCACUGGACUCAUCCAUCAUCACAGUUGGUUGUUGUUAUUGUUGUUCUUGUUAUCCGUAGCUGUAGAACACAGAAUUUACAUAAACAGGGAAAGGCAGAAAAUGAUUAAAGAAUGCAUCAAAAUUUUAA